CAUUUCAGGUUUCGGACUGUAAACAACUCUAAAAAACGACAAAAAAAAUUGUUAAAAUUUAAAAAGUCCAAGUUCUAUAUUUUUUCUAAAUUUGUAGUAAUGGAAUACGGAAAUGGUAUGCAAUACGAUGGUUAUGGCCAAGGCGGUGAGGGUUUUGAAAUGUUCUACAAUCAAACGAGCAGUGACCGCGGAUAUAGCCAGCAGCAGAGUUACUGCGAACAAGGGUCUUCAAAUUUUAAUGGCGGAUCCGCUUCGCUCGGAGGUCCUGGUUAUCGCAGUCCCUUACGAUACACAAAAAUGCUUCGUGAAAUGAACUCUCGAAACGGGCUUUACUCUCCAAUGGAACAGCAACGGAGCAGUGGGCAAGGCGAUUAUUAUAAUACCUUGCCUGGCCUUGGCGGCUCAGAAGGUCAAGCUUACCAAUCUCGAGGCAAUGAAAACUCGUACUUCUAAAUAAUUAAGCCUAUACAGUUCGUCGAAAUUAUUGGUAAAAUGAAAUAUAUUUUUUUUAAAUGCGUA